AUGUAUCCCAGAAACCUGUCCACAGUAGGGAAAGGGGUCAUUAGGAUGGACCCGGACUGCGCCAUCUGCCAUGCCCCGGCCUCGCUCGCCUGUGAGUGCGAGGCCAAGGGCUUGGAGCUUGCCGUUCGCCAGGCCGAGGCCCGCAUGAUGAACCAAAUAUACAACGACAUUCGCUCCUGGGUCCGCGCCCACGCCCAAGACUACAUCCUAGAAUACUUCCGUGUGCUCACCGAGCGCCGCAAGCAAGCCCACCAGCAACACCUCGAGCGUUUGCAAGCCCAAUACCGCUACUACCACCAGCAGCCACACCCCUCACAGAUCGCCGACGCCCAGGCCGCUUUGAAACGUGGAAUCGACGAGGACUGGCAGGCCUCCGUCCAGCGCUACCCCGAGGUCCUCGAGUACUUUUUCAGCCUUGUCGAGCUCACCCUGCCCGACGAUAACGAUGCGGCCGUCAAGGACCCCCCGCUUAGCCCCCUGAAUAGCCUGCGCAAGCGGGAUGGGCCUCCACCGGCCCCGACGAGGAGGAUGACUGUGGGGGAGAGGGAUAGGCCUGAUAGGGAUCGGGGCGCCGCGACCACCGUCGUGAGUGGCCCCAGUAUGGCUUUGCAUGAGAGGGAUAUCCCGCCGCCUUUGCCGAGGGGCAGGACGCCGCCGCCGUUGGAGCCGUUGAGGGAGAGACGGACGCCGGCGCCGAGGGAACGCAGACAUUCUUAUCGGCCUCCCCCUCCGCCUCCGCCGCCGCCGGCAGGGUAUGGGUAUCCUCCUUAUUAG